AUAUCUUUCCAACCCUGUGUUAACAAAAGAAAAUAAUGCAACAUCUACUCCCGUUUCGUAUGAACCGGUCGACUUGCGAAAACCAAAAGAAAAUAAUGCAACAUCUACGCCUGUUUCGUAUGAUCCAGCCGAUUUGCGAAAACUAUGUGAAUCAAUCAUAUCGUCCAACAAAUCAACCAACGACAACCAUUCCGUACCUACGCCGACUAAGCUAAUUCCCGCAGUUAAUGGAACUCCGAAAAUUCCAAAAGCCUAUCAAUCGCCAAUACCACGAAAAACCCACAUGUCCUGUAAUUCAUACCAUGAAAUGAAUGGCAUAACAUUUGACCAGUUGUGGGAAUACCCACCUAUCUCAUUAUUUAUUGGAAUUUUCACCGUCCCAUACAAUUUCGAGAGACGCCAACUAGUCCGCACCAUAUAUAGAGCGCAGCAAAAAAAUCUUAAAGGCGAUUUGGUGGAUUUUCGAUUUAUUAUUGGAAAACCUCACAAGAAGGAUGAUUCGCCAAAUCUCAGACUCCAUUUAAAGCUUGAACAAGAAGCCUAUGGAGACUUGGUAAUGUUAGAUAUUAAGGAGAAUCUUCAUAAAGAUAAAGCGUAUAAAUAUUGGACGUGGGUUGCAAGCACCUAUACGUCAAGUCCGAAGAGCAAGUAUCUCUUAUUUGCAAAAGCGGACGACGAUGAGUAUAUCAAUUUUCAGAAUCUCGCGUUGAAUUUGAGGCCGCUGGAACGAACAAAUCUGUAUUAUGGGCGUGAACGAAAGAAAGAGGGUGGUGGUUGGAGAACCGGACUUUUGUUCGUCCUGUCACCCGAUUACGUGAAGUGGAUCGGUGCAACUGAUAUCCCAGAGAAUCUUAUUAAAGGGCCAGAAGAUGUUGUAGUUUGGAAAUGGCUUGUUUGGGGGAACUUGUCAAGGACAUCGUGGAUCAACGAAGAUUGCUUAUUGUAUCAAGACCCGCGAAGCUCAGAGAAACGACACACGUGGUUACAGAAAGACUUUGCUUCACCACAGACAAUUGCGUUGCACGGUUUAAAGGAACUUUGGAUGUGGGAUGGAGUAAUCGAAUUAUUCCAUGGUGAAAACCAAUUUUCGGACUUGUGA